CACUUGUUUAUCAUCCCUUCUGUAGUACACGCCAGUCCAAGUCCCGAAUCAGGAAUUCUGUAUCUUUUCCAGUUGCUGUUGAAUCAUCGGGUUCGGGGACCGUACCAACUACGUAUCUCAAUGAAUGGCGCCACUGCCAGCGGCUCGCUGAGCUCUUUGUAUACACACCAAUCCGUCUUCUUCGCGGGAUUUUUCAGCCAAUUAGAGAAACCAUAACGAUGUACAACUUUCUAUCUGGAAUAGCACACACCGUGACGGCUUUCGGACGUGUCGCCGGUGGGUAUUCACGCUGUCAUAGACAGUGUUUGCGUACUAUGUUCCCAUCUAAUUGUUACGCCCAUUAAAAAAUUACCGAAGCGCCACAAAUAUCCAUGAUUCUGUCCGGAACCAUCCACUGAUUGAUUGGUUUAAGAUACUGUUCCAUGCUAAGCAUUGCCGAACUAGCAAGCCUAAUGGAACACAUGAUCUACCUAUAUAUGCCUCGGUCAUGGGAUUUAGGGUGCCCUUCGAAAACCCCUCUGUCAGUCCCCCCCAUUUCUCUCUAUCCACGAUGGUCGAGUCUCUGGCGCAUAUGUAUAUCGCCGGCAUCUGGCUGGAGGCGAUCUUGUAUGGUAUCAACUGCGUCUUAUUCUGCAUUUGUCUUUUCGUCCUGCUAGGCCACCACGGAGCACCUCGAAAAAUGCUCCUGUUCUCGAGCGUUGUCCAAUUUUCGUUGGCUACAGCACAUGUUAUCAUAAGCUUGCUGGAGUUGAUUGCUGCUUUCGCAACUUCAGCCAGCGCAGCUGAUGACUACUUCGCCGAUCCUGGUGCCAACGAACUGUUCGUCGGUGGUUUCUUUGUAUAUAUCGUCAAUACAUUCGCUCAAGAACUACUUCUAAUUUGGAGACUAUACGUGAUCUGGGAUCACAACUUCAAGAUAUGUAUCAUGCCGGUCAUUCUCUGGAUGCUUCACUGCAGUAUAGCAUCGAUCGCCGUUUCUGGUUUUAUACCCGCAACGGCUACGCCGCUCACGCGCAAUGUCCAUUCAUACGGACUCGCCGGGUGGGGUCUCGAGACUGGUGUCAAUUUUCUUGCAUCAGGCAGCAUAGCCUACCGUUUAUGGCACGCAGGGCGCCGCACGGCUAUUCUUACGGGGCGACACUUCAACUAUAAGGCUAGUUUCCUCAUCAUCAUCGAAUGUGGGGCCCUUAUCACAACGUGUACCGCGGUUAUGUUUUCCCUCUAUGCAGCAAACAAACCGGAGGGACUCGUUGGAGUCGGAGCAGCGACUCAAAUUGCGGUGGGUGCAGAGUAGGCUAUCCAUGGCGUGUGGUUCAAUUUUUUUUCUUCUACACAGACUGCAUCGCCGUUACUAAUCAUCGCGCGGAUAGGGUUCUCUAUGUCCAAGAGGAAGACGAUUUCGACAGAGACCACCCUUGCUGUCUGCCCGAGUCCCUUGCCAGAGUGAAUGUGGACAAGGGUGUUGGAUACAUACAGGGUUUUCCUGCUGGAUGCUAUUUGAGCUGGGGGUGGACCAAGGGAUAGGAA